GGGUCUGCAAGUGCACGGCCACUUGAACAGGGUCGGCGUGGAAAGCAGCCUGUUGGGAGUUUCCAGAUCGUUUCUGUAUUGCUAAGCAGGGUACUAUCAGAAAGUGUUGAAGGGGAUUGAAGCAUUGGGCGAGUCGCAGUCACUAGAAAAUUGCGCGGUUACGUCCAUGUGAGCAGCUACAGAAACUGAGAUUAACAAUCAUACCGCUUAUGUGGUUUCGUUCUAAGCAAAACCCGCUCACCGAAAAGUUGGUCCAGCCGGAGGAUCUGGCUGAACAAGUGCAUCUGAAAGACCACAUAAAACCAGCCUUUGACUAGCAGAUCAACUGUCAGUGACUGGCUGAAAGUGCAUGUGCUUGUGCCCUUUGUCCCGGAACAGUCAGUGUCUGCACUGGAAUAGACUUCUCCAGAGACUAGGGCCUCAGCGGAAGUAUGGUCUGGUCCAAGGUUUGGAUGCUCAGGGGGCUUUUGGUUGCUGUAGGUCUGUUGUGGACAUUGCCUGUCUGGGUGAGCUCUGUGCCGAACACACUCUGUGGACCUCUAGAAACUCUGAGACAACAGCUCAGCUCCACCUUCAGGAGACGAUAUCUGAAGCACAACUUUCCCAUUAACUACACCAUUCAAGUGCAUUAUGAGGAGGUCUUCAAGCUACACAACAUCAGCAGACUGAGGAAUGAAAACGAACCUGCGGAAGAUAAAGAUUUACAGGAGCUGUGGCUCAUGGUGGCUAAGACGGGAAUAAAACGCAUUUUGUGGGUGCUGCCUGAGAGACACCCGACGAGACGCAGAUACCUCGCAGACCUCGAGGGCCUGUUCAGGAACUUCGAGCAGAGUUAUGUGGAGAUGAAUCCCCAGGAAGAGAGAGUACUCCCAGAUAGCAUUCAGGACAUCUGGGAUCGCUUGAAUGACCCAGACUACCAGGGAUGGAGAUCUGUCAAACCUAAGUCCUUACUGGACAAUUGCUAUCGCACCUUGCUCUGCCUGUUCAAAGACUGCUUCGUAGAAGACAAGGACCCGUAUGACUAUUGCAACAGGCUCCACUGGAGAAGAGAAAAAAUACAGACUCCUCAGCCAACUUGAGAGGAACUGCUUGUGUGCACAUACGUGCGCGUGUGGUUUUGAGUGUUAUCCGGAAUGUCAUGCAUGUUAAGUGUUCUGCAUAUCACUGGGAUGUGAGUUACUUAAAUGAGGAUUAUACCUGAAAACACACGGGCUACAGACUCGCAGAAACGCUUCUCUCCCGCCACAACCCAUCCACCCUUCAUCACCAGCAUCUUCUGUUCUCUAAGAACAUUGGUUUUUUUACUUAUCAUGUAAACAUCCAUAGGUAUGUGUCCAAUCUGAAGGAAAGCAACUUUUUUGCGAUAGUUUGUUCUAUGUUUCUAAUUACAAUAUUCAUGACUAUGGCUAACUAUAACAUUUUAUUAUAUUUCUGGACUUACCCUGGCCAAAAGGAAUGUAAUGUUUAUAUUAAUAGUGUUCUUUAUGCUAUGUGCCAAAACAGUAUGUUAUCGUGUGUGUGUGAGAGAGAGAGAGAGAGAGAGCGAGAGAGAGGUCGCUGUGCAUGUAAUGGAAGUGAAUGGUAGAGAGUUGUGUAUGUAUAAAUUGCAUGCAGAUGUUUUUGCUGACUGCUGGCUUAGUCAGCAAAUUUCUUUUAACGCCUUUGCUGUGUGUGCUUUGAUGUAUGCUCAGUACGGACUUCGGUUUGUGGCAAAAAUUAUUCUCAACAGUAAAGUGUUUUUUAUAGCGUGAGCAAGAUAUAAAAUGUUUUUAUACAUUGUUUGAGUUAUUUAUUUUGAGUUCUACAGAAUGUUCUAGCAACUAUUGUGUCUGAAAGAUAAUGAAUAAACGUCCCUCUGUCGCCCCCA